AUGUCCAUUCAGAGUUUCUUACCACAAUACAUUGAGCACAAUACUGUUGGAAAUUUGUACUUUGAGCAGCUUCCUCCACAAAUACUCCUAAUCAGCGUAGUUUACCGUACAAACCAUGAGCAUUUUCACUAUUUCAGUAAAAACCUCGAGUGCAAUGAUGGAACAUCGUACCCAGUGUCUGGCAUCAGUACACGUGGAGUUGGCUCGCACUUGUCAAAUUCCUCGGACGACGAACUAGACCCGCAAUGUUGUGGUGCUUUUACAUCGGUCUCUGACGUAUUUCCACCGCGACCACCUGAAAGCUCCACUGAAUCACCUUCUGUGAUAAUCAAGAAUAGCGAGGUCUCACCAAACGACUGGGAAGAACUAUCAGCUUUCGACUGGCCACCAAAUGAAACGAAUAGACAGGCAAAAGUUGAAGAACUUUCGAUGGAAGAGGCCCUCAAAGAAGCACAAACGGAACAAGCGUCCAACAAAAAUAGUGAGACCGUCCCAGAUGGUGCAUUGGAGGACCAACUUGAAGCAAAGCAGAGCGCCGCAUUUGAUUUACACUCCUCACUCGCCUCCUUUUCAUGGGCCCAAUCUCUGUUUGCGCAAUGUGCUCGGGAAGAAUUAAGCCAGCCAAUUAGAGCGGAGUCAAUACUGGAUCAUCACCUUUCUCGUGUUUGGCGCAAACGAGCCAGAUGUAUGUUGGCUGAAGAUCGACUGGAAAGACAGGACCGUCGGAUACGAGAAAGAAGCCCUGAGGAAGUCCUGUCUAUCCAUCAAGUUGGGAGAUAUCCCAAUGGAUGCACUCCACAUCUUGAUCUUAGGCUAUCAAACCACUUGCAGUGUAAAAUGGACUUGAAA